AUGCUUAGUCCAAAUAGCCUAGUGCCUAUGCUCCAGUAUAUUUCCAAGCGUCUUCCCAUCAGGAUAGGCAAUUUAAUGCCCCUCGCCUACAGGGGUUACGCUACAGCCAUUACAAUAAGCGCUACUUAUACAACUACUCCUCCCACCAUAUCCUUCUACUCUGCUAUGGACCACUUCCACGGCCCAGCGUCAACCGACAGGAAGCUACACUAUAGCGUGACUAACACUAGAGAUACGCGAUCAUUCGCCACGAGGAGGGUUCAAGUCAAGCAGAAACAAUCAAACGGGAGAUUUCAUGCCUAUAUGGAGCUACUAGCUGAUUUCCACCCCAAACCCGAGGACUCUCCCGACAGCAAGACACAAGUAAGUCGCUUGCUGGAGAAGGGAAUAAACACCAAGCAACAAGGGGACCAGUACUUGAAGUCCUUUGGCAUAUCUGACAACUUUUUAACAAUCGAUACUAUGUGGAUAGAGUGUCUACAAUACGCUAAGGGGGAGUUUAAAACACCACCCGAGAAUAUAGCUAUCCUCUCCUUCUUAAUAGACGGUAGCCUCUCAUUCCUGCCAUUAAGUCAUAAUCAUCUAUGGUUCGACGACAUCACGGCUUGCUCAACGCUAGAUUUUACCCUACGCAUCUUCGAACGCAGAACUUUGCGAGGUAACAGCGGCCAGACUUUCCCUAAGGCCAAACUUUAG